GAGACACGGAGGGAGCCGAAGAUGGUGCUGAUCAAGGAAUACCGUGUUUUGCUGCCUGUGUCAGUGGAAGAGUACCAGGUGGGGCAGCUCUUCUCUGUGGCCGAGGCCAGUAAAGAUAACACGGGCGGAGGGGAAGGGAUCGAAGUCCUUAAGAACGAGCCGUAUGAGCUGGAUGGGGAGAAAGGGCAAUACACCCACAAGAUCUACCACUUACAGAGUAAAGUCCCUGGUUUUGUUAAGAUGGUGGCGCCAGAAGGUUCCCUAGUGUUUCAUGAGAAAGCCUGGAACGCCUACCCCUACUGCCGCACCAUCGUCACGAAUGAAUAUAUGAAAGAUAAUUUCUUCGUGAAGAUUGAGACCUGGCACAAACCGGACUUUGGGGACCAGGAAAAUGUGCACGGACUGGACAGCAACACUUGGAAAGAGGUAGAAGUCGUGCCCAUUGACAUCGCUGAUAACUCCCAGAUAAACGAGGGGGAUUACAAAGCCAAUGAGGAUCCCGCUUGCUACAGGUCGGAGAAGACGGGCCGAGGACCCUUGAAGCAGGAUUGGAAGAAGGAGUUGGCCAACAACCCGUCGUGCCCUCACAUGUGUGCCUACAAGCUGGUGACGGUGAAGUUCCAGUGGUGGGGCCUUCAGGGCAAAGUGGAGAGGUUUAUUCACAAGCAAGAGAAGCGCCUUUUCACCAACUUCCACCGACAGCUUUUCUGCUCGUUGGACCGGUGGGUGGAGCUGACCAUGGAAGACAUCCGCCGGAUGGAAGACGAGACACAGAAGGAACUCGACGAGAUGCGACAGAAAGGAGCGGUCCGGGGAAUGUCGGCCAAGGAUGAAUAAACCCCCCUGUCCCACACUCACGGAUUCCCCUCAGCUGGAGCCUGUCCUCUCUCCCUCCUCUCAUCUGCUGGAUGGAGCCUGGGCACAUUUGGAUGUGGGAUGAAGAGCUGAUGGAACCUCGCUCUUUCUCAGCUCCCUGCUACAUCCUCCACCUUUGUUGACCUUUCUGGUUCCCUUCCAUUUCUCCAUCUGUCCCUGUUUUCCUCUCUGGUUCUCUGGAACAGAACUCUGCAGCACCUUGGUCUUCUCUGCACGAAUGGAAAGGGGUGCCACUUCUCAGGGGUUUGUGGGUGUACAGGUGUUGUGCCCCCUUGGUUGAAAGUGGCAUCAGACUUUGAGGGGAGAGAUAAGUGCUCUAAUAUGUGGCACCGAGCCCCCGGCCAUCAGAGACUUCCCCUGCUGGAGGUGGGAGAGUUGCUUAGGGGUCUCACCGCAAUCAAGCACCAUGGAAUGUGUUGAUACCCCCCCCCCCCCCUUGGGGCAGGUGGUUGUGCAGAAGCAGAGGAAGGGGGCAAUGCAUCAUAUCACUCCCUCUUGGGCAAGUUCUUCACUCAUUGAUUUGUUUCGUACUUCAGGGUCCAGAAGCAUGAGCGAAGGGGAGUCCUUCGGGGAGGGUAAAUGGAUGAGGGCUGCGAUCUUGCCUUGGGCCAGAGGACAGAGGGGUUGGUAGAUUUUUUUUGGUUUUCUGUUUCCUUUUAUGUUUUUUAAAGGCAUCACGAUAACAUUUAUUGAAAUAAACAAAGACGAGAAG